AUGAGCUGCACUUCGAAGGAUUCAAAAGGAAUCCACUUGAAUGAUGAAUUCAGUUGUGGAUGGAGUAAUCUGCCCCAGGUGCCUCAAGAUUCAGUCUUCCAGCAAAGUGGCCAACAAGGAGGGAUUCCAGCCAGGAGUGGUCAAGCUCUUGCAUUUCAGCCGAGUGAUCAACAGUUUUUAACUCCACAGCAGACUCAACGACAAGGGGGAAAUCCAGUCCAGAAUCCUCAAGCUUCAGUCCUCCAGCGUACUCGAGGAGGAAUUUUAGCCAAGAAUCCUCAAGAUGUUGUGUUCCAGCCAAGUGAUCAGAAGUUUCUGGCUCCACAGGGUCUGCAACUGCAAAAUGAAGGGUGGGGUCCAGCCAAGAAUCCUCAAGCUUCAGUCCUCCAGCAAACUCGAGGAGGAAUUUUAGCCAAGAAUCCUCAAGAUGUUGUGUUCCAGCCAAGUGAUCAGAAGUUUCUGGCUCCACAGGGUCUGCAACUGCAAAAUCAAGGGUGGGGUCCAGCCCAGAAUCCUCAAGCUUCAGUCCUCCAGCAGACUAGAGGAGGAAUUUUAGCCAAGAAUCCUCAAGAUGUUGUGUUCCAGCCAAGUGAUCAGAAGUUUAUGGCUCCACAGGGUCUGCAACUGCAAAAUCAAGGGUGGGGUCCAGCCCAGAAUCCUCAAGCUUCAGUCCUCCAGCAGACUAGAGGAAUUUUAGCCAAGAAUCCUCAAGAUGUUGUGUUCCAGCCAAGUGAUCGGAAGUUUUUGGCUCAACAGGCCCUGCAACAGCAAACCGCACACCAGUUUUCUCAAGCGUUUCCACCCAAGCAGCCAGUGGCACAGGCAGAGCCUCUUGACAAGUGUGCUGUAGCUGAUUAUGAGCAGAUCCAAUGUGGACCACCUGGUAUCAGUGCUGCUGAGUGUGACGCUAUAAACUGCUGCUUUGACGGACAGCAGUGUUACUAUGGGAAAGCCGUGACCGCCCAGUGUAUUAGAGAUGGCCAGUUUGUGGUUGUGGUGGCUAGAGAUGUUACACUGCCUUCACUAAGUCUGGAUACAGUCCGCCUGUUGGGUGGAAAUGACCCACCUUGUGCUCCAGUUGGGUCCACACCUUCCUUUGCCAUUUACCAAUUCCCUGUCACAGCUUGUGGCACAAGCAUGAUGGAGGACAAUGGAUAUGUGGUGUAUGAGAACAGAAUGACUUCAUCCUAUGAAGUGGGGAUUGGACCACUUGGUUCCAUCACAAGGGACAGUCACUUUGAGCUUCUCUUCCAGUGUAGGUAUUCUGGCACUGCUGUUCAAGCUCUGGUUGUGGAGGUCAACACAGUUCCUCCACCUCCACCUGUAGCUGCUCCUGGACCCCUCAGAGUGGAGCUUCGCCUGGCAAAUGGACAAUGUGUCACAAAAGGAUGUGCAGAAGAGGAUGCUGCAUACACGUCCUACUACAGUGAUGCUGAUUACCCAGUCACAAAAGUCCUACGACAACCUGUGUAUGUUGAGGUGCACCUUUUGGAGAGGACUGACCCCAAUAUUGUCCUGAUGCUGGGACAUUGCUGGGCGACAUCAUCCCCUGAUUCCCUCAGCCUGCCUCAGUGGGACCUUCUAGUUAAUGGAUGCCCUUACCAGGAUGAUCGCUACCUCACCACACCGGUUCCUGUGGAUGGCUCCUCUGGUCUUCAGUUCCCAACCCAUUACAAGCGCUUUAUUGUGAAGAUGUUCACGCUUGUGGAUCCAGCAUCACUAGCUCCUCUGCAGGGAAUGGUCUUCAUCCACUGUAGUACAUCGGUGUGCCAUCCCUCUUCCACUGGCUCCUGUGAGCAGAGCUGCACCAGGCAAAAAAGAGAUGUUGGUGAGAACAUUGAAAAGACUGUCGUUUCCAGUGGAGGCAUUUUCUUCAUGUAA